CCGGCCAAACGCGAACGAUCAGUGAUGGCCGCGGGGCUGCUAAGGUGCGGAUCGUAUUGACGUCAGACCGGCUCGCUUAUUUAUUAUAACGCUUUCAUUUUUAUCUCUCCUUAGUUUUUCUAAUAUGUGAUAGAUUCUUGUUUAAUCCAUAAAUCGUUGAUAGAAUAAACGAAUAUCAUUCGUCGCGAUUUGAUCGGGAAUUAAAACUGUGUUAGAAUUUUUUAAAAAGGUUUACAUAGGAGCCAUCGGAACGCCAUCCACAUUUUCUGAUCUUUCAACCUUGUUCGAGUACUACUUUGAUUUUUCCAACUUUUCCAAUGCUUUUUAUUCCCUUGUGAGCUGCGUGCCACUAUCUCGAUGACAUUUGUGUAUGCAUUUAACGAACCGAGAUUUAUUUAAAUGUAGUAGGAACGAGGGUGUUUUCAACGUUUGGAAAGCUUUUUUUCGCUAUCUAACAAGUAUACAGGAAAAUGGCGGAAGAGGGUGCAGGAGGUUCUACCAAUAGCAGUACCGGCGAAGCCAGCAGAUUGCAGCUUUUACAAGAAAUGCGACAACAAAAUUUUGACAGUAUACGAUUCGCUUCUUAUCGUACCGCUUGCAAGCUUAGAUUUAUUCAGAAGAAAGUUCAUCUACACAAUGUGGACAUAUGGAAUGUGAUCGAAGCUUUUCGAGAAAACGGCCUAAAUACUCUAGAGCCGUCGAGUACGUUGGGAGUAUCUAGGCUAGAAACUCUCCUGUCUUCCUUAUUUCAUGCGCUUAACAAGAGGGUGCCGGUGUCUCAACAAGCUAAAGUCGACGCUACCACCGCUCUCUUGAUGAAUUGGCUCUUGGCAGCGUAUACCAGUGGGGAAAAUAAUAAGAUAUCCGUAUUUUCGGUGAAGGUGGCAUUGGCCACGUUGUGCGCUGGAAAACUCAUGGACAAGUUUCGAUACAUAUUUUCACAAAUAUCAGACGGUAAUGGACACAUGAUACACUGGAGGUUUGCUGAUUAUUUGAAAGAAGUUUUAGCAUUAACUGCAGCAGUAUACGAGUCACCGUCUUUCGGAUAUUCGGAUGGUCUAGCAAAUACCAUUUUUCCUCCUAAUUCGAAAGUAACGGUUAAUGAUUUUCUGGAUACUCUCAUGUCCGAUCCCGGUCCUCACUGUUUGAUCUGGCUCCCGUUAUAUCACAGAAUGGCGGCCGUUGAAACGGUGGCUCAUCCAAUCAUGUGCGAUGCCUGUCACAAGGAAAACUUUACCGGUUUCCGAUACAGAUGUCAAAAGUGUCAUUCUUAUCAAUUAUGUCAGGAUUGUUUUUGGCGUGGUAAAGUUUCCGGGACACACAACAACGAUCACGAGACCAGAGAGUACAGUAGCUUUAAAUCACCCAGUAAACAAAUUGGCCAUUCUUUGCGGAAAAGCUUCAGAUGCGUUCCAGAAAAAGGAAAAAACAGUAUACCAAGAUUCCCCGAACAACCGGAAAAGACAUUGGACCUGUCGCACAUAGUCCCACCGUCGCCUUUACCAUCUCACAACGGUUUUCCAGAUCCAGGUUUCAUGGCACCGUUCGAUUCCGGAUCCAUGGAUAGCCGAUCAACCUUGAGAAGUAUGGAUAGUUCAAGACUGGACGACGAACAUAAAUUAAUAGCACGAUAUGCACAAAGGUUGGCACAAGAAGCUAGGACUAUGCCUCGUACUGCGUCCAGAAUGUCGCAAGCUGACCAAUCGGGUAGAACACCGUCUGACGCCAAUUUGGUAUCGUUGGAUGCAUCGAGGGCUCAACGUGAACUUAUAUCGCAGUUAGAAGCGAAGAAUAAAGAAAUAAUGCGAGAAAUUGCAAGGUUAAGGAGACAACAAGAGAUAGAAGCGGCAGGAUUGGAGAAUCCUGCAUUAAUGUCUGAAUUGAGAGCUUUGAGGCAGAGGAAGGACGAAUUGGAGACUCAUUUAGCUACGUUGCAAGAUUCCAGGAGACAAUUAAUGGUUCAAUUAGAAGGUCUUAUGAAAAUGUUGAAGAAUCAUCAAGCGUCUCCUAGAUCAACACCAAACAGUUCACCGAGGAGUACAAAAUCACCUCCUUUACCACCUGGUACAGUGACAAGUAGCAGAUCAGCUCCAGCCACUCCUGGUGGAACAUUGUCAACUACUCCCCAACAGCAACAACAGCAACCACAACAACAACAGCAACAGCAACAGCAGCAGCAACAACAGCAACAGCAAAACCCACAGAGUCAAAUGUCCCAAAGCUACCAGACUUCUGUACCAACUACAUCGGUACCAAACAUGUCGGGCAGUGCAAUGCUUGGGACAAUACAGAAUCCUAUUCCAGAUAGUCUUUCGUGUGUUGGAGGCGACGUAAGGUCUGCGUUCAGGACAAACAGCCUGCCAGGAAGCGGUUCCAGCAGUGCGAAUAAUAGUUUGGGCCGAUCCUUAAGGAACGAUCUGUUGGUAGCUGCCGACAGUGUUACUAAUGCCAUGUCAACGUUGGUCAGGGAAUUAAAUUCAGACUCAGACCAGGAGGACCAUUCUCACAACUCGGGACGUUUUCUCAGAAAACCGCUAGAUUUCGAGGCCGGUGAAGACGGUGAUGACAGCAGCGGUGGCGGAAAUUCUUGGCGCGAAGAACUUCAACGUCGUUAUCAACAAGAAAAUGAUUUUCUUGCUGAAUUGAGAGCGAGGAAUGUUAAUAUUUCACAAAGUGAACGCACCUCGGCGACUUCGUUGAACGAACAGGAACAGGAGAGAGGUGACAGGGAAGAAGCGGAGGGUGGUGGAAAGGAAGAUGAAAAUGAAACCGAUUGGUCGGAGGCCGUGAAAAGAUGGGUAAAUCGAUAAAUUUCAAAAUUAACCUUUUCCCAAAGAGAAGGAGAAGAAGGGCUUGGGGUAGGGGAGGGAAGUUAAUACGUAGAAUAUAAAAAAUGCAGAUGAAGAAAAUAAAAAUGAAGAAAAAGAAGAAUAUAAUAAUAAGAUAUAUUCAAGAUCGAGAUAAACUGCACCGACAAUUUUUAUUUAAGUUUUUAGGUAAGAAGCCAAAAGAUGAUGUGUAUUUUUCACGUCUCAAUUUAAUUAUUAUUAAUUUUUCAAUGGCAUACAUUUUUACGAAGUAAUUAAUAUUAAUAAUUAAUAUACGUAGUUAGUUUCUUUUCUUUUUUUUCUAAUGAUAUGACUUUUCCUAUGUUUUUCAUAUUUUUUAAACCAAACCACUCGCAUUUAUAAAUUCGAUAUAUAAAGUAGGAAUAACGAAAUAGUUUUUUUUUUUUUUUUGUUUAAUAGGAAAAAUCGCACAAAUUAAUAAGUAAUAUUAACGAUAUACAUUCUGCUCUGAUUAGUUUUGUUAUUUGUCUCGAUGUAAGUGUUAACAUUUCGAAAAAA